UUUUUUCCUUUUUUUUUUUUUUUUUUUUGGGGGGGGGGAUUUUGGACAUUUCUUGCAUGCAAUGCCUUACCAUCAUACAUACAUACAUACAUGUUCUGCUCCGUUUUUGUUCUCUUGCUGUUUGUUUGUUCUCUUGCUUACCUACUCACUUAGGGGAUUGAUUCUCUGUAACGUACCUUGCUUGAUUGAGCGUGGACUUUUUGAGGUGGCUUGUUUUGUUUUUUACUUAAUUAAAUCUUGCUCGAAGAGUGUUGUUGAUGUUGAUGUUGAAACAUUUGGUUGGUAUCUUCGUAGUUGAGAAAUGGUGUUCGUCUGUCUAGCUGGCUGGCGCAUCUGUUGACACGCACUCAUGAACUGGAAUUUUUAGUUGGGCCAUCCAUCCCUUUUGAGACGGUUUAAUCAACGGCCAAAUGCACGCAGAGAGACAAGACAGUGACUCGCUAGUGGUGUUUA